AUGAGCGACGGAGAGCAGCCGCCGCUGGAGGGCAUCUUCAUCGGUGACAACCAGCAGGACGUGGAAAACGCUAACGAGGAUCAAGGACAAGUUGGCGUUAUAGUGUCAAUGUUUGGGACUAUCACUGAGUUUGUGGAAGACAACGAGGACUGGACGGAAUAUCUGGAAAGGGCCUCUAAGCUGGAUGCUUACCCGCUGCCGGGGGUGGAGGACCUGUUUGCGAUGUUUGCUGGAGGCAAGACGUUCUCAGAGCUUGACAUGAGUCACGCCUACCAACAGCUCCUCCUGGACGAGGACUCAAAAGAGUAUGUCACAGUCAACACCCACAAAGGCUUGUUCAGGGGAGACGGAGGAGGAGCACCUCCACCAUCUGGAUCGGGUGUUAGCGAGUUUUGCGUAGCAAAGUGCACAUUCCAAGCACAGAGUUUGACAUACCUAGGUCACACUAUCACAGCGCAGGGUCUGUGUCCUGUGGUGGACAAAGUCAGGGCAAUCAAGGAUGCUCCAAAGCCCAAGAAUGUGUCUGAGCUCAUGUCGUACCUGGGCAUGGUGAACUACUAUGAUGUUGGUAAAGUAGAGCUCCACUGUGAGAAGAACAACACAGCCCACAACACCAAUGACAUCUCAGUGAACAGACUGAUAGUCAGGAGAGGCCAGUCCUUCCUGGUCACCUUUGAACUCCAUGACCCCUCCAGGCCCACAACAGACUUACUGGAGCUGAUGGUGGAGACAGGGCCCCAGCCUUCGGAGGCAUUGGGGACCAGGUCAGUGUUCGGGCUACCUGAGGGCUGUGGGAAGGGUUCCUCCUGGAAGGUCAAGGUUCACCAGGGCUCAGUGCUCCCGGCGGGUUCAAUCACCCUGGACAUCACCAGCCCAGCAGACGCCCCAGUAGGAGAGUACAGCCUCAGCCUGGGCAAGCUCCUUCUGCUGUUUAACCCCUGGUGCCAAGAGGACUGGGUGCAUCUACCUGAAGAGGAGGAGAGGCAGGAGUAUGUGAUGAGAGAACAAGGCCUGGUGUACAAAGGUUCUGACAAAUACAUCAGCUCUACGGCGUGGAACUUUGGACAGUUUGAAGACGAUAUAGUGGACAUUUGCCUGAUGCUGCUUGACGUGAAUCCCAAGUGUCUGAGUGACCCCGCCAAGGACUUCUCUGCUCGUUGCAACCCCAUCUAUGUCAGUAGGGUGGUCAGUGCCAUGAUCAACGCUAACGACGACCGAGGUGUCCUGAUGGGGCGGUGGGAUGGUCAAUACGGUGAUGGCAUGUCCCCCACUCACUGGAACGGCAGUGUGGAGGUACUAAGGAGGUGGCUCAAAAAUGGCGGCAAUCCAGUCAAGUAUGGACAGUGUUGGGUGUUCGCCGCUGUAAUGUGCACAGUACUGAGGUGUUUGGGAAUCCCAUGUCGAGUGGUUACCAACUUCCAGUCAGCCCACGACACCGACAAAAACCUGACAAUCGACGACUUCUUCUCCGACUAUGGAGUCAGACCCAAACAGAGCCCUGACAGUGUAUGGAACUACCAUGUGUGGGUGGAGGCCUGGAUGAGACGGCCCGAUCUCUCAGCAGACUCCUUAUACGACGGCUGGCAGGUUGUGGACCCCACCCCCCAGGAGAAAAGCACUGGUGUUUACUGCUGCGGCCCUGCUCCAGUCAAGGCCAUACUGCAGGGUCACGUUGACCUCAACUACGAUGUGCCCUUUGUCUUCGCCGAAGUCAACGCCGACCGUGUAACCUGGAUGGUGUUCGCUGACGGCUCCAAGAAAAAUAUCUUCACGGACAGUGUGUCCGUAGGCCAGAACAUCAGCACCAAGGCAGUGGGCAGCGACAAGAGAGUGGACAUCACGGCCAACUAUAAACAUGCAGAGGGCACGGAAAAGGAGAGGGAUGUGUACAAUCAAGCUGUGAAAAGAGUCAACAUACCCGAAGAGAAUUCAAACGGGAUCCAUGACGGCAAACCUGGCGUUUCCAUGAAGAUCGUGGAGCUGACCAAGCCGGUCAGCGGCAAAGACAUCGACCUCAAGCUUGUACUGAACAGCAACGACAGUGAAACUCGGACACUAGUGAUCAAUGUCAACGUUCAGGCCAUGAGAUACAACGGGAUCCCAUCCUCCCAGAUACAGACCGAAUUGAAAGAACAGAAGCUCCUUCCCAACCAAGAUCUGACUAUACCCAUCCACAUCCCCUUCUCUGUGUACGGUGAGAAAAUGCGGGAGAGCAACAGCAUCAAGGUUUCGGCUGUGGCCACAGACAAGAACAAGAGUGGGGCAGUGUACAUCACAGAGAAAGACCUUGUGCCAGAGAGCCCUUUGCUCACCAUCAAAGCCAUUGGAUCUGAAUUGCAGUAUAGUGACAUGACGGCAGAGGUGGUGUUUGAGAACCCUCUAUCCGAAGGUCUAAGAGACUGCUUCAUAACAGUGACCGGCAGUGGCUUGCUGACUGAAACAAUGGAAGCCAGAAUGCCUUUGCUAAAACAAGGGCAACGACUACGUGUGAAGAUGCCCUUUACUCCAUACAGACCCGGUCCUAAGAAGCUAGUGGCCGGCUUCAACUGUGAUCAAUUCAGGGACAUUAAGGCAAGCUGCAAUGUGUACAUCAAACCCGUCACCGGUGUUGUCCCCCCACUGCUGUAG